GUGUUGAUUAAAAAAAGAAUGCAUGAAGAAAAAACAUGUAAUUGCUUCAAAAAGAUAUGGGCUUUCGCAAAACAGAUAUGUUAACAAAAGAAUUUUAUCUGGCGAUACCUUGCCCUAUCUCCUAUCACUAGCUUUCUUUUUGAUGAUCCAGUUAUCAACAUUAAAAGCCUCCGUCCCACUUCAUUAAUUAUUUUGUUAAGCAUUAAUGAGUUUGUUUCAUGCUGACAGCGCUAUUGAGAAGAAAUUUACUUUUCUAACAAAUAUGUUGCUUUUCAACAAGAUUUCACUGAAUCUCAUGAGAACAUACAAAAAAAAAAAAAUGCAUAGAAAAUAAAUAGGCUUACUCAAUAUUUUCAGGGGUGAUUCUCAGUAUUUUAUUCAGUUAUAGCCUACUUUAUUAAUGUAUGAAUGUAUAAAUAACUUUAAAGUGUAAAAAAUGUAAUACACAUUCAGAAUCAACCAUAAAUAUGUAACACAAUACAUAUUUAUGGCAGUUACACUUUGUUUUGAUGGUCCACUUUAGAUAUUCUGCUAACUAUAAGUAAUUUUGCGACUGUCAACUAACUCUCAUUAGAGUAUUAGUAGACUGUUAGGUUAUAGAUUAGGUGUUAAGGUUUGGGUAGUAGAAUAAGUUGACAUAGUUGCAAAGUUACUUAUAAUCAGUAUAUGUCUGUUGGGGAACAUCAAAAAUAAAGUGUUAGCAGAUAUUCAGCAGAAAGUCUACUAAUAAUACUCUGAGAGUUAGUUGACAAUGGCAGUUGCAAAGUUACUUAUAGUUAGUAGAAUGAUUAAAGUGGACCAUUGAAAUAAAAUGUUACCUUCAUAGCUAAGUCAUGCUGAAUCAUGAGAUGAACAACAACAACAAAAAAAAAGAACUUACAGUGGAUUUUUUUUUUUUUUUUUUUUAUUUAAUUUCAUUCAAACUCUACAUCCUGUUUGCUUCCUCGAUUUAAAUUCAGUUCGAACUUAGGAAAUUAAUUGGAAUUUAAAAGGCAUUCUUUCUGAAAAGGGCACAAACACUUUCAAUCUCACCUGAGCGGAAAUGAAUCUUCGUACUCGCACACACCUGUCAGAUCAUCACUGGCUCUGUCACUCAACAUGCGAGAAAAUGAUUCUCCUCCCAUGUUGACCCCUUUGGAGAUCAGACCAUCCUGCGGUUGUAUCACUGCUGCGCUGUGCAUACAGUUUUACAACUCAACUGUAGGCUAUACCUUUUUAUUUUUGUUUCUAAGAUACUACCAUUUACCAUAGUAAUGUGUCACCAACGACUCUGACAUCUUACAGGAUAAGAGAAGACAAACUUUUGUAAUAGCUUAAUAAGGAUGCACUGGUGCGGACUGAAGAGCAUGCAGCGCGUGAGUGAGACCUGCAGUAGCUACUUAAACUGAGAGACUGAGAGUCCACAUGGACGGACAACAUUGCAACAAGACGUUUCGAGUCACAUUUGAUGUAUUUGUGAAGGAAUGAACAGGUGAGGGUUAUCUGUCUAAAUAUAUAAAAUGUUCAUACCUGUGCGGGUUUUAAUGAAGUUUGGAUGAAGAUGACGAACAGCGCAUUGAAGAAGAUAUUUGUCAGGAGGGAAAUUCACAGAGCUUCCUAAGCAACGAUUGCACAUUUAAGACUGAGAGUAUUUUAGCUGUAUUUAGUGGACAGAUACGAAACUGUGCAAAAUGCUAAGAUCGCGUAAAAGUUUAUGGGUGCUUUUAAGUGUGCUGCUGGCUGUCUGGAUAGGACACGCGAUCAGCUUCCCUGUGAGACAUCACACGAGAUCCAGACACGGCGUCUCUGUAGAGACACAUCCACAGACAUCUUUGAGAGUCAUUAGCAAUGACCAUGAUCUCCUGCACCAGCAGAACCAGGUCCAGAGUGAUUUGGCAGACUCGCAUUCCCACCAACACAGGUGGCUCCAGCAUCGCUCUACAGGUGUCCUACCACAGCCUGAGCCUGAGGAAGAAUCAAAACCCUUUGUUCUAGACCUGAAAAACUUUCCAGACCUGGCAAAUGCUGACAUUGGCUCCCAAAACCCAAACAUUCAGGUGACCAUCGAGGUGUUGGAUAACCCCCCUAUGGAAGUUGAGAUGGACCUGGUUAAAGAAUGGAGCAAUGACUGGCCCACAUCUUCUCCCUCCUCUACUGUAGAAUGGCUGGGUGGAAAAAAGCUUUUCUGGCCUUUAUUUUGGGGCUACACGGAUGCAGAUUCCAGUGACGAUGGUACUGGCCAAGCAGUGGAGGAAGAGGAUGACUACACACUGGAAUAUGACAGUGGGGAGCCCCUCCCUAGUGGUCUGGACAAGACAGAUGGCAAUUGGGAAAGCCCGUGGACUCAAAGCUAUUAUGAAGAAAAAGAGGAAGAGUGGAGCGCAUGGAGUCCCUGUAGUGUCACUUGUGGCCAUGGCAACCAGACCCGCUCACGUUCAUGUGGAGAUUUCUGCACAUCCACUGAGUCCCGAAGCUGUGACCCUGUUCCAUGCCCAGAUGAUUGGAACAGUGUGGCACAUGUCUUUCCAUUUGAGAUGGAGAAUGGUACAGAACCCUUUGGCACUGAUGUUGACAGCUGUGAGAAGUGGUUGAAUUGUAAGAGUGAGUUUCUUCAGCGUUACCUGCAGCAGGUAUUGACUGAAUUACCCAGCUGCCCAUGCACCUAUCCUUCAGAAGCCUCCAACAAUAUAGUCAGUCUGCUGGAUGCGGAGCAUGACCGAACCUUCCAAUGGAUGGAUGCUAGCAGCCCAAAAGAACGGCUGGAUAUCUACAAGCCCUCGGCACGUUCCUGCUUGCGUUCUGGCCUAUCAAAAGAUGGCACCACCCUGGCUGCCCAGCACUGUUGCUAUGAUGACAACAAGCAUCUAAUUACAAGGGGCAAGGGGGCAGGUACCCCCAACCUAAUAAGCACAGAGUUCUCUCCAGAGCUGCAUUUCAAGGUGGAUGUAAUGCCUUGGAUACUGUGCAAAGGAGACUGGAGCAGGUUUCAUGCAGUCCGCCCACCCAAUAAUGGCCUGCAUUGCACGGAGAACCCCCUACAGGAUAUUUUCAUGAAUGAAUUGGAGGAGGCCAGAGAAUAUUAAAUCACCAAAUUACUAUCCGUCCUCUGACUCACGUCCUGCUGUGGUGCUUAAUCCCAUUUAAAAAAAAAAAAAAAACACCAGCCAGCCGCAUAAUUAUGCAGUAUAGAGCCAGUCUUGUGUUGUGGGACGCAUUGCCGUAACUGUGUUCUAGCUUUCAUUUUGUUUGGAAUAUUAUGGAAAAUUUAAGGAAGGAUCAAUACAGCAUUUUGUUGUUGCUGCUGCAGUCACAUACAGUGGGGUGCAAAAGUCUGACACUGCGAGUGAAUUUUUUUUUUUUUUUUUUUUUUCAAAUUUAAUACAGUUUUAUUACUACUUAUAUUAUCAGAAUAACAAUUUGAAUGAAAGUUGAAUUGAAAAAUUAACAUGAGUUUUAGAAUUUAUUAGUAUUUUGGUAUGUCCCCUUUGUUUGAAUGACAGCAGAACGCAAGCUGACGUGAGUUACAUAUUUGUGCAAAACCUGAUGAUCAUGUUAUCCUGCAUGAUUUGAGAAUGUUCCAAAGAGCAUCUUAUGUGCUUCAGUCUGGCCCCUUUGUACAAAAGAGUUGCUCAUGUGGUCAAUGUAAUUUGGUUAUUUGAUUACCCUAGAAAUAGUAUAGAAUCAUUUUUUUCUUAUUAUUCAUCUUAAUUCAUAAAUAAAAUAUUAUUAUUUGUUUUAAUACUAACAUUAAAUCCUAAUAGAUUUUGAAUCCCAUAUAUUCACUGUGGUCUCAGAACUUUGUACCCCACUGUAUUUAUAAAUGAGAACCUCUGCUCUCGACUUAUGGGGAUGUUUGAAAGUGAAUGGGCACAAUUUCACUGCCAACUCAGGGGAAAUCUUUCCAUAAUAAUCAAUGGUCAAUUAGUUCUUAAAUAGUGUCAACAUUUCAGAAAGGGAAUGAGCUGGCAAAUGUAAAGCAAAUAUUAUAAUGUGAUACUUAAUAUGCUUAUGUAAAGUUUUGCAGUUUAGCUGUUCUGCGAAUAUGCAUUUGCUGUGUUGUUAAUGCUGAUGUUUUGGGAAACUGUUGCAGAGGAACUACUUAAUACUUCCUCCAGACCUCUAUUUUGAAAUAUUAUUCAUAAGAGUAUGCAGACAGAAUAUGCACAUGCUACGGCUGGCACUUUAUUUAACAUUUAUUGAAAUGUAUAUUUGCGUGAUGAAGCAUUGUUAUCCAUGUUUCUGGUGUUGCUGUUGUGAAAAUAUUGCUUCCUGUUUGGUCAUUGUUACAUUAAUGGCAAGAACAGUAUUUCUGUGUUGGCAUGUGAUGUACAGUAUUUAUUGUAUUUUUAUCGUACAUUUGCUGACGCUUUGAACCGAUCAUCCAUUCAGGUGGUGCACUAGAGUCCUCCAAGACAGACUGACCUAAAAAGGGAAAUCAUGUUCUCAAACACCUCUUUAACGACAAUUAAAACAAGUCAAUGUUUGCUGUUCA